AUGAAAGCUAUUUUCUUCCUUGUACUUCUCGUUGCCAUCUCAUGGACCCUUCUUGACGUCGUCGACUCGAAAGGAGUUCCAGCUAAACGUGUCAAGAGACAGUAUUACGGAUACGGUGGAUAUGGUGGUUAUGGAUACGGAUACGGAGGCUGCACCUGCCCCACUUAUGCUCCAUGCCCACAUGGUGGAUACGGUGGAUACGGAUAUGGAGGAUACGGUGGAUAUGGCGGCUACGGCUACAAGAAAUAA